AAGUAAAAAAGAAUAUAUUUUUUGAAAAAACCCUAAAUUUUAAAAGAAAAGAUUCUACAGAAAAAGGUCAAUUAUACUUCUGUGAGGACCGUUACUCAAAUUGGCUCAUCAUUUGUCACUCCGAUCACUCGCCGUUGCAGUUCUCCGGCGCCGACAAGUGAAUCUCAGCGAACACGGAGGCCUGUGAAGAUGUCUAGCUAUCUGUGGAGAAGAUAUGCAGAUCACGUGUACUCAAAAUGGGAGAAAACUCUUCUUUGGGACAUGAUUGAUCCAUAUCGGCGACCAAAAACUUUUACCCCUCUUGUCACUAUCUACAUCUCUGCCUUCUACACUGGGGUUGUUGGUGCAGCAAUUACGGAACAACUCCACAAGGAAAAAUACUGGGAAGAACACCCUGGAGAAGCAGUGCCAAUAAUGAAACCAAAGUUCUAUGGAGGCCCCUGGAGGAUAUUCAGAGGGGAUGUUCCCAAGUAAUAAAGUUCGUGUACAACUAAUUAUGGAUCUGUAGGACUUCAUAUGACCUGAGGAGGUGCUUAUAUAUGAAAAGCUCAAGAGAAGAAUAUGAAAUUGGUAGUACAUAUUAAUGAAACAUAACCUUCACACAUUUGUCUUAUUGAUAAUUUGAAGCAUCGACCCUGGAUAGUUCCCUAUAUUUUCAUAUCCCAUAUGAUUGUCUUGCUUUUGCAUCCAAAUGUGAACAUCAGUAACUCCCUUCCAUUAGUUCAUGAUUCAUGAAUCGUUUUUAUUGUUAGC